UCUGUGGGUUGAUGUUUGAAGGUUGAUAAUGUUUGUUUUUAUUUUUGUGCAGUUUGAUACGAGUUUUAUGUAUUAAAAAUGAAUGAACCAAUAGCUCAAAAUGUUUGUCGCACUUGCUUAUCCAUUAAGCACAAAUUAAAACCCAUGAACCAUGAGGAAUUAUUCGUAUACAAUAGGCUUUUAUUGAAGGACUGCACUGCAGAUACAAUGUAUAUAUGCGUAUUUUGCACAACUCUCUUAAAUAAAAUAAACAAAUUUAUCAAGCAGUGCAAACUUGCCGAACAACGAUUGAAUAAUUUUAACAUGGACACUUCAAUAGAAAUGAAAUUAACAUAUAAUUUCUCAAUAUCAGCUAUUGAAAUCAAUUACUAUGAAGGUGAGAAAUUGAUUAAAGAAGAAGAUGCCUUCGAUGAUGAUAUUCCAUUGAUUCUGUUGAGCAAUAAUAGUGAUAACGGUGAGUUUGAAGAUGAGUCGUCCGACUGCUUGAAUAUUAACAGUGUUAAGGAAGAAAUUAGUGCUCAAACUUCCGCAGUUGAAGAGAAAGCUGAUAGUGAUCCUGAUAGUAUUGUAACGUCUAAGGAAGACUUCGAUAAAAAAUUAUACAAAAAUAAGCGCAAAGAGAAAAACCUCCAUAAGAGUUCCAUACCAAGUGGCUUUUCAUCGAGGAUGGUGAGGGAAACGGACGAGUAUAUGGUCAUAAAGCUGACUAAGGAACAAGUUCUAGAAGAGAUGGAGGCGAAUCGCGGAACCGAGAAAUACAAAAUGGCGCCCUACAAAUGCGACAGAUGCGUGAAAGGUUAUAAUUUCGAAGAUGUUUUAUUAUCGCAUAUGGAAAAGCACACACCGAAAAACGGUGCACUGCUGUGUGAAAUUUGUGGCCAAUACUGUCCGAGCGCAACAUCUUUGCGGGGUCAUAUCAAAUCGCAUACAACAAAGUACAGAUGCAAGAUAUGCAACAUAGUGCGCCACUCGCGGCAGCACGUGCUCGAGCACCACGCGCUGGUGCACGCGGGCUGCACGCGGGAGUACAGCUGUAAGGAGUGCGACUUCACGACCAAAAAACGCACAGUAAUGCAGCGACACGUUAAAAUGCACGCGAGCAAUGAGAAACACACUUGCCACAAAUGCGGGAGAUCGUUUAAGAGCAGAGAAAUAUUGCGCGUACACACGAGUCGUCAUGACGACAAGAACCGUUACCACUGCGACCACUGCAACCGAACGUUCAUAUAUAAAUCGGUGUUGCACAAACAUAUACGCUCCGUGCAUAUAGAUAAGGACUUUUAUUGCGUGGAGUGUGACGCGAUGUUCACUUCAAUGGAAGCGUUGAAGCAACAUUUAUAUAAAACAAAGAAGCACAGUGAUCCCUCGCAAUAUAAGUACGCAUGCGCGCAGUGCGACCGGCGCUUCCUCACGCGGCAGACGCUGGCCGCGCACGGGGCGCGCGCGCACGGCGCGGGGGGCGCGGGGGGCGCGGCGCGGGCGGCGCGCUGCGGGCGGUGCGCGCGCGCGUACAGCACGGCGGGCGCGCUGCGCGUGCACGUGCGGCGCGCGCACUCGCCGGCCGCGCCCGCCGCGCGCGCCGCCUGCCCCGUGUGCGAGAAAGUGUUCAGUCGUAAGGGGGUACUAAAAGUGCAUAUGCGGGUACACACCGGCGAGAGGCCGUACUCGUGCGAGUGUGGCGCCUCGUUUACACAACUCGCGUCACUCAAAGCGCACGAAGCUGCGAAGCAUAGGAAAUGAAUGAAGCUGAGAAAUGUUGAAAUUAAUGAAGCUACUCAUGAAAAUGGCUGUAAAAUUUGUCGUCAUAUUGUGUUGUAAUCGUCUUACAUGCACUGAUACACUUAGAAUUUAUUUUAUUAUAAACAAAUAUAUUUGCAUGAAUUGA